AAAAAUAAGCUAAAACAUUAUAAGAGGUAUAUACACAAACACUGUGCAGGAAAGCGUUAAUUAAGCAGAAAUGUAAGGUAUCUGGCAACUUGAGAUAGUUUUCGUUUUGAGGAUAUGACUUAAACGCGGCCCUGAGAUUAGAAUUGUUCCGGUUUUGAGCUCUGACUGCGCUGAACUUUAUUGUGGAAGUGAACAGCAGGGCGUUUCCUCUGUGUAAACACAAUUCCCUCCUCCUGUUACUCACUACAGUGGGUCAGAUAUCAGACUACUGUGCCUGCUGGAGCUUCUGCUCUGUCUGUGAUGGUGGAUUUUCUGGAUGUCGGUACACGGGAGGACUGUCGUUAACUGGUUCAUCACACACACACACACACACACACACACACACUGUUAUUGGACCUGAGCUGCUGAUCUGUGACGUGUUAAAACCGUGAGAGCAUGUCCACCAUGGUGUUCUGCUGUGAAGAGAAGCUCGAGAGACUGACGCAGGAGCAGAUCAUCUCCAAAACCAAGAUGGUGAUCCAGGGCCUAGAGGCACUGAAGAGCGACCACAACGUUAUGCUGCACAGUCUGAUGGAGACCAUCAAGUGCUUGAACAAAGACGAGGAGGCUGGCCUGGUGCAUGAGAAAUCCUCGCUGCUGCACAAGUCUGUGGAGAUGAUCGAGCUAGGCCUGGAGGAGGCACAGGUGAUGACGGCUCUGGCUGUCCACCUGAGUGCAGUGGAAGCAGAGAAACAGAAGCUGCGAGCUCAGGUGCGUCGGCUUGAUCAGGAGAACAAGUGGCUGUGGGAGGAACUGAGCAAUGUGCAGCAGAAACUGCAGAAGUAUGAGCAGAGCUUAGUCCAGUUAGAGGAGGAGAAGAAGCACCUGGAGUUCAUGAACCAGCUCAAGAAGUACGACCCGGAAGUCUUGCUGGAGGACAUGGAAAAAGAGGAGACAUCAAAAGACGUUAUGGAUGAGUUGUUCCCCAAUGAUGAAGAAGCGAAUCAACCAGGAAGGCGAGUGAGCAGUGCGGCAGUGGCAGCGGCCCAGCAGGGGGGCUAUGAGGUCCCUGCCCGCCUCAAAACCCUCCAUAACCUGGUGAUACAGUACGCCAACCAAGGCCGCUAUGAAGUGGCAGUGCCACUCUGUAAACAGGCUCUAGAGGACCUGGAGAGGACUCUGGGCCAUGAUCACCCCGACGUAGCUACCAUGCUCAACAUCCUCGCUCUUGUAUACAGGGAGCAGAGUAAUUUUAAAGAAGCGUCCCGUCUCCUGUAUGAUGCUGUGACUAUCAGAGAGAGGACUCUGGGUGAGGAGCAUCCCUCGGUGGCUGCUACGCUGAAUAACCUUGCAGUGCUGCAUGGGAAGAUGGGGAAGUACAUAGAGGCUGAGCCGCUUUGUAAAAGAGCUCUGGAGCUGAGAGAGAAGGUCCUGGGCAGAGAUCACCCAGAUGUGGCCAAGCAGUUGAAUAACCUGGCACUGGUUUGUCAGAACCAGUGCAAGUAUGAUGAGGUGGAGUAUUACUACUGCAGAGCCCUCGAAAUAUAUGAGAAGAAUCUGGGUCAGGAGGAUCCCAAUGUUGCCAAAACAAAGAACAAUCUGGCCUCAUGCUAUCUGAAACAGGGUAAAUACAAGGAGGCUGAGAUCCUGUACAAAGAGAUUCUUACACAAGCUCACAAGAAGGAAUUUGGGACAGUAGAUGCUGAAAACAAGCCCAUCUGGAUUUAUGCUGAGGAGGGCAGAGGUAUUCAUAAUGCUGAAUUUAGAGGCUGCCAGGUGACCAGCCCUAUAAUAAACAGCGCCAUUCGGAGUCUUGGAGCUCUGUAUCGAUAUGAAGGCAAAAAUGAAGCGGCAGAAAUUAUGGAAGAGUACGCCAUGAGAACACACAAACCGGGAGCCACAGUAGAGCCUCUGAAGGAUGUGGGCCGGAGGAGAAGCGCUUCUCAAUACAGCGUUAAGUAUGAACCUGGAGCUGGUGGCAUUGUGGAAUGGAGUGGGGAUGGGGCUUUGAAAAGGGCUGGUUCUCUGGGUAAAAUGCGAGAGGUGCUGCGCAGGAGCAGCGAGAUGCUGGUGAAGAAACUGCAGGAAACUAUACUGCAAGAUUCCCCUAACCCUAACUUGAAGAGAGCGGCCUCACUGAAUUACCUGAACAGGACAGGAGAUGAUUAUAAGGCUUUUCAGGGUGGGAGAGCAGGAAGAAAGCUGAAAGACAGUCGAGCCCUGAGCUCCAGCACUGUGGAGCUGUUUGAUGGCACUGAAAAUUAGAACACACACACACACACACACACUCACACACACACUCACACACACACACUCACACGGUUAUAGUGGUGUUAUAGAUGUUGGUUGGUUUUUGUGUACUGUAAAGUUGAAAUCAUGAUUGAAUGUUAAAACCAGCAAUCACUGUUAUUAAUAAUUAAGCAAUGUACCUAUACAAUAUUUUUUAUAUGGAAUGUGUAAUGUGAUUUAUUUGAUGAAAACAGCUGUUAUUUUUGAUUCUCCGUUCACCAUUUGAAUGUUCACACCUCUCAGGGAAAUCUGACUCUCCCACAAAUAAGGCAGUGACGACUAAGCGCAGGUUAUGUACCUAAAACUGUAUUUUUUUUUCUUUGUUUAUUUAUUUGUUUUACUGCACAGUCAUGUGCACUUCAUAGCACAGUGUAACAUCUGGGUAUUUGUUCGUGAUUAUGAAUGCAAGCAUUUGCAAUAGCAUUGGGCUACACUCACAACGCAUAAUUACGUUCAACAGAAAGAGAAGUAAGGAAAAUUAUACCUAAAAAUAUGUGACAUUACAAAUCCAUCCAUCCAUUUUCUAUACCGCUUAUCCUACAGGGUGGCGGGGAACCUGGAGCCCAUCCCAGGGAGCAUGGGGCACAAGGCGGGGUACACCCUGGAUGGGGUGCCAAUCCAUCACAGGGCACAAUCACAUACCCAUUCACACACUCAUUCAUACACUACGGACACUUUAGCCAUGCCAAUCAGCCUACCAUGCAUGUCUUUGGAUGGGGGGAGGAAACCGGAGUACCCAGAGGAAACCCCCACAGCACAGAGAGAACAUGCAAACUACACACACACAGGGGCGUGGCAGGAAUCCAACCCCCAACCCUGGAGGUGUGAGGCAAACCUGCUAACCGCUAAGCCACUGUGCACCCAUGAUAUUACAAAUGUUAGAUGUAAUUUUCUUAUGUGAUUUUCAAGCAGAGUAAAUAAUUAAAUCUUUACAAUAUUUUGCAGUUACACAGUUUUCUAUUUGAUACAGUUUUCUAGUAUUUAUUUGCAGGUUUCAUUUAGGUAUUUUUUUCUGGGGGUGUUUUACUUCUGAUGUAUUACUGUUGAGUUCGGACUGAGAGGGAGGAUGAUAAAGGAGGGUCUUAAAUAUCUAUUAAUUUAUUGAAAUUUAAAUCACUACACCCACUACGAUCUAUAGCAUUUUCAAGAAUUGCCUAAAAAAUUAAUUGGCCAGCUAGACUGACUAACAUACCUUCUAAUGUAAAAAAUACUAAAUGUAACCUACAGUCAGAAAUUUUUCUUGUUAGUUCAGCUGCUCAUGAAGGCAGUAUGAAACC